GCUGUGAACCCACGGGUGCCUCUGCAGGAGAAAGGACCUGGCCUCCAGGUGAUCUGCUCCCGUCAAGAAAACAUGCUAGAUUUUCUAGAGUCUCACAGAAAUCGCCAGCACUGCUUUUUGUGAUGUCAUCUCUUAAGGGAAGUCAGACCCAGAAGAAGCAGCGAAACAUUUAUACAAAAAGAGGCCGACUGGAGGUGCCCUCUCCCUCAGAGGAUGACUGGCGUAAGGAUGAUGAAGCAGAUUAUGGCUUCUGGGAUGUGGAUCAGGAACUAGAUUCUCUGCCUCAGCCUUAUCGAAUGAUCAACAAGCUGGUGAACCUUCUGUUUGACCGCUCAUGGGAAAUGAUCGAGCAAAGGGAGGCAUCCAGGGAAUCCGAGUUCACACGGAUCCAGCCUACCAUCUACCCUCCGUUUGUGGAAAUCAAGCUCAGCACAAUGCCAACUUGCAUGGCUAUUUGCAAAGACUAUCUGUUUAUUGGAGGAGCCAAAGGAUUCUCGGUGUAUAAUGUGUGCAAAGCGACACAAAUAUGUGCUUGGGAGAAGCUAAAAGUUGAUGUCACGUCCAUCUCAGUCACAGAUAUGGGGAAUGAAAUACUUAUUGCUCCAUUGGAUGAAAUGGGUAUCAUUCGACUAUUUUAUUUUUAUAAGCAAGUCCUUUUCCUAAUCAAGGCCAUCAAUGAAGUGGAUGAUGCCAGCAAGCUAGCCACCUGUCUGAAGAUGGAGGUCUCUCACGGAGCGGACUUUGCAGCGUUCCUCCUACAAGGAGCUGGAGAUAUUUGGCUGGACGUGUAUAAAUUGCCCAAGGAGACUUGGCUCAAGGAACUGGAGCACCCUAUCAACACUCUAACUCUAAAGAAAAGAGGCAAAACACCGCACCUGGUAGGAGAGAGCUGCCUGCUCCAGGGUCUCUUUCUUCCCAACCCCUUGGAAUCAUACAACACUUGCAUCUUCGUGAUUGAGUUCUUCGCUCGGCGUAACGUUCUCCAGGAUGCAAAUGUUGUGAUUAAAGGAGAUGCUAAAAUGAGUCUUCCAGUUCACGUAAUGAAGAUUAAACCACUCAAACCAAUCACAGGCACCACAUUUAAAAGCCCCCUGGAAGUCUUUGCCAAGAUCGAGGACAGCUAUGGGCUGGGCUCUGGGCAGAACCACUUCAUCAAGGACAGUCAGUGGGAGCAACAAAGGGCUGCCUUCAACACUACAUACAAGAAAUACCUGGAAGGGGACUGCGAGGAGGAGCCACUCAGUGUGGCUACCUUCCAUUUCCUGCCCCUGAGCUCUGUUUUUGCCAUGCCAACGGAAGUCAAGAGCCCCUCAGGGGCCGCCUGUCUCCUCGGUGUGUACUGGUCCGGGAGUCAUAAUUUCCUCUUCUAUUCACUUAACCGGACUCUGAAGGACAAAGUUGACCCUGAAGGCGUGUGGCCAUGUGCAGCACCCAUCGUAGCCUCAGCUGUCAGCAGCUCCUACUCUGACCUAGUAUUGGCCUGCGAGGAUGGUGUGCUCACACUGUGGAACCUGGCCGAAGGCUUCCCCUAUGGGGUCGUUGCUCUCCCUGAAGGCUGUCUCUGCCAGAGCAUUCACUUCCUGCACUACUUCGUGGUUCGUGAACAGCUGAACAUGUACCCCGAGGGGCCAGUAAAAUCCAAAAUGAAAUGCGUGGUGCUGGGCACAGAUGCCUCCGUCCACCUGGUGACGGCCACGGGGACCCAAGGACCCACCAUCAGGGUGCUUGUUGAGAGGUCCGGAAAGAACGUGAAUGAAACUGUCUGUGCGGUGGCCCCAGUCCCAGCCUUACCUGGCAUGCUGCUCAUCUUCUCCUGGGACGGCUCUGUGCGCCUCAUGAAUGUGGCCAAGGCUGAGACUGUCUGUGCCUUUGCUCUGCCCAGACCCGACCGCCUGGCCGCCCCCUGGAAGCCAGUCUUUGUCGUGUCUCUACACCACCCGUGUUUCCUGCUUCAAGAUACCCGCCUAGAUGCGAUUGAACGCACUGACGCGGCCAGAAAGACCAGAAAUUCUAUUUUCUACUUUAACUUUGAGGCACACGCCCUCCUGGAAGAGAUCUUAGAGAGCUGCCUCGUCCCUCAGAGUGACUUCGCAUCUCACAAGGCAGCCUUCCCAGUGCUUUCUCUGGAGAAGAGAUGUGAGCACUUCCUUAAGGACAGUUUCCAGAAGCUGGGGAAGAACACGGCACGGGAGCAGGAGCACUGGACACGGCUUCGACGGUACUCCCUGGUGCUGCAGAAAGGGGGCUCCCUCAAGUGACUUGGCCUGCGGGGGAGGCGCCUGGAGUCAAGGGCACCUGUGGACCCAGCACAGUGACAGCUGCUGAGCUCCUCAGGCCCUAGGGACCUGGGUGCUGUUUUGGAGGCCUUCAACCAUGGAACCUCUUGUCAGAACCCUUGGGUGGGCAGAAUGUAUUGCCCAAAUAAACAGUGGUAUUGUUUGCAGAA